UUACAGCAGGGCCCUGUGAGCAAUAAGGGCUAACCUCCUUGCUUAAAGAACAGAUAAUUCCCACCUUGGCUGCGCUAGGAUUUCAUCCAGCAUCCGUUGAUUAUCGGUCAAAUGCCCUGGGCCUAACCGCUAUGCUACCUUACAGGUUGGAGCAAUGUGUUCAUUCUAAUAAUUGUCUUGUGCCCUGGCCCUGCUAGGUCUGACCCUGGCCUGCUGAAAGGGACAGAGGCUGGCUGGCUGAGGGGGCCGCUGGUCACUCUGAGUGUGUCUGCAGACCUGAGGCCGAGUAGAGUGGAGAGAGAAGGGGACUGGGGAAGCAUCACCGCAGGUGCAGCCCCUUGGAAGUGCAGCAAGACCCAUGAAUGGCAGCAAUUCAGAGGUGGCCCCAUUGGGCCUGUUCUCCAGGCCCCAGCUCUAAUCCCAGGCCCUAAUCGGAUUAUGUAAAUUCCUUCUCCGCACAGAGACUUUUAUGGAAGGCUGCGUCUUUGAAACAACACUUGAAGGGUGUAAAAAAAGAAGAGAAACAAUUGGUUAAACUAGACGUCUAAGGAACGUGGGAGGGGCAGGAGUGUGUAGGAGAGACGUGGCAAGGAGGAACGCUUGGAGAGAUGGUUCAGCUCAUGCUUGUGACCCAGGAAGGGGCUCUGCCCGUCCCCCUGCUCGGUCCCCCUGCUCGGUCCCUCUGCUUGGUCCCUCUGAUCCACCCUGUAAUUUAUGUGUGGCUCCUGGAAUGGCUCAACACGAUUACCAUAGUCAUAACAAAACCCACAUUGUUAAACUGUCAAUCUGGAUAUGGUAUUUUUACCUUUUGUGUCCCAAUCAGAGUGAGUUCAAUGGUAGCAGGGCUGGCAAUAUACACAUUUUACUAAACGGUUACCCAUGGUUGAUGUUUCAACAUAGAAGGGAACAAAUUGUGAGGGAAUGAUCAGGCAGGGAAACGUCUCAGUUUUGCCUCAACAGGAAUUUAUUAAGCCUGAUGUGACCUGUGGGAGUUAAAUGAUGUAUUAAAGGUAUUUUAAUGAAAUUGUCCAACAGAAACUAGUGGAUAAAAUGCAAGCAAAGUUCCCAAAUACUAUUUCAAAUUGUUAAAGUCGUGUCAUUUGGCUAACCCAGUGGGUGUCUCUUUGUUUACAGACAGAACACAGACAGUGGUCAGCGGUUGGAAACAUCCCUCCUGAGUUGUUCACCUAGCACAGUGCAGCUGACUGGAGUAGAGGCUCAACCACAGCACACGUCACACAAUAGGGGCUCACCCUGCUAUAAAAUGUGAGAUGCGUGAGCCAGCCUUCUCCCCCUCUCUCUCUCUCUCUCUCUCUCUCUCUCUCAGUCUCCAUCCUUCCCACUCAGACAGGCAGAGAGAGAGUGUGAGAACGCUGAACUGACUGGACCUACUACACAGGAGUGGACUACUGCAGAAGACAACACUAAUGACCAGGGUCAUACACACUCAUUGGACCUGAUACCUGUCUUCACGCUACAGAACUUAAGAGAACCGCACAAUGACCAGGAAGGUGUUCACCAACACACGAGAACGGUGGCGGCAGCACAACGUCAACACCGCCUUUGCCGAGCUCCGCAAGCUCAUCCCGACCCACCCGCCGGAGAAAAAGCUGAGCAAGAAUGAGAUCCUGCGGCUGGCCAUGCGCUACAUCAACUUCCUGGUGCAGCUGCUGGAGAGUCAGAGUGGCCAGCCAGCCUCGCACUCCCCCACUGCCCUGCUGACCUUCCUCAGGGGCAACGUGGAGCGGCUCCACUCCUCCAGGACCUGGGGCCUGGCCAGCGACACCGACGCCCCCUCCCCUGGAUCGAGCUGCGACAGCACUGAAGCCUGGUAGUGUGCUUCUCGCUCUUUCCCCUGAUAGGCGAUUGUCUCUUUGGAGUGAAACUGUGUGUCACCGUGCAAAACCACCCAUAGACUGCGUUCUGUGACACUUGAGGAGGACGUGGUGGUGAGGACAGGCGGAGGAUAUUCGUGUGGCGUUUGAGGAUGAUGCCAAUCCCUGGUGAAUGGAAGAGAUGGAUUUAUUUAGCUACACUUUGAUGUUGAAAUUAUCACGUGGGAGGAUGGGAGCCUUGUGAAAUGUAAUCUGUAAUCUGUAAUCUGCAUGUGGCUUGGAUGUAUUCCCUCCGUCAUGUGUGUUUUUCUUGUUGGUUGGGAAAGCUGUCCACUUCCUUAGGACACAUUAGGACAAUUUAAGAGAAUUUAUUUUGGAAGAGUAAGAGAGGAAAUCUUGUCCGAUUCACAAAACACUGGGGAUGCAAUUACAAAAGCUAGGGGCACUUUUUUUUGUUAAAUUAAGACUUUAUUAUUCUGAUUCUGACCUUCCUUAUUUGCAAAGCGCAAUUAUUUUCCAAUCCUGCAAUAUGACCAGAUUUCUUGAGUGACACAUUGCUGGUAUAUGUUUUGAUUACAUAUUGAUUAUUGGCAUGACAGGGAUUUUUCUGUUUGAUAACUGACAAUCCUUGCUGAAAUACAUUUCAAUUGUAGGAAUAUAUUGUGUUAACAGCUAAAAUGAAUAUUUUUUGGUCUGUCCUCUGUAGUAUUUAUUAAUUCUGCUGUUUUUGUACCUCAAGCAUGUCAUGUAGCCAAAGAUUAUUAUUUGACCUUUUGACAGGGCUAUUGUGAUAAUUUCCUUAUUUGUUGUUAAUUAUGUUGGUUAAAUAUUAUGUUGUGA